CGCAGCUAGCAGCUAGCCGCCAGUCUCCUUUUUUUAACCAUCCACAGCACCGACACGGGGCGGACGGCGUGAUGGAAAUUGACUCGCUUCAAGAGGCGCUCAGAGAUUUUGACAAAAAAGCAAAAAAGGAGCCAUGUCCUCUCCUGGAACAGUUUCUAUGCCACAUUGCCAAGACUGGGGAGACCAUGGUCCAGUGGUCUCAGUUUAAGAACUACUUUCUGUUCAAAUUGGAGAAAGUGAUGGACGACUUCAGAGCCUCGGCGCCCGAGCAGAGAGGCCCCGCCAACCCCAACGUGGAGUCGGUCCCCUUUGAAGACAUGAAGGAGAGAAUCCUCAAAAUUGUGAAAGGAUAUAAUGGAAUCCCAUUUACGAUCCAACGCCUGUGUGAGCUGCUAACGGAACCCAAGAGGAACUACACAGGAACAGACAAGUUUCUUCGAGGGGUGGAGAAGAACGUCAUGGUGGUGAGCUGCGUCCAUCCAACCUCAGAGAAAAACGGCUGCAGUGCUGUCAACAGAAUGAAUGGAGUGAUGCUUCCUGGGAACACAUCUGCCUUUACAGAGAGAAAAGUGAACGGUCCAGGAACUCCGCGGCCGCUCAAUAGACCGAAGAUAUCUGUGGCCAGCUCGCUAGCAGCCAACGGACUGCCAGACAGCACAGACAACAAAGACCUCAGCACAGAGCAGGAAGGAGACAAAGACUCCAGCGAGGUCUUGGUGUCGGGAGACUCCCCGGGGAGCUCGGUGAAGAACAAGCACUCAGACGAAGAGGAGGACAUGGAGGCCGAGCAGCAGGAGGUGAAGAGACUAAAGUUCAGCGAGGAGGAAGAGGACGAAGAGGAGGAGGACGAGGAGGAGGAGCAGGAGGCGGACUCGCCGAGGCCUUCACACGCCACCAGCCCCUCGAAAGAAGCAGAGGCCAUGGUCCAAGAGGAGGAUGAGGACGACGAGGAGGGGGAGAAGGUGGAACCGAGCAAAGACAGUGAAGCUUCCAGCAGCGCGGCUGCCACUGAAGACCAAGAACCCACGAGCAGCACCCCGGCGGAGGCGUGCGACGCCUCGACUCCGGAGGCAGAGGCGGAGCCAGCAGAGAGGGAGGUGCCGUGCGGCUCGGAGGACGAGGGCAGCGACAUGGACCAGACGGAGCAGCAGGCCCCCGCCGGCGUCCUGGAGAGCCCCGAGACCAGCAGGGACAGCGAGGAGAGCGGCGGCGACCCGGUGAGCAGCAGCAGCAGCAGCGGCGGCGGCGGCGGUGGCGGCGGCGGCUGCAGCACAGAGGAGAGCCGGGAAGACGUCGCUCUGGCUCCCUCCAGCAGUACGAGCGAGGCUCCCGCAGAGGGCGCCACAGGAAGUGCCAUGUCGAACACUGGGACCAGCGAGGAGCCCAUGGAGCAGGACUAGAGCGCCGGGCCCCGCCCACCACCACCAAUCCUCAGAACACGAACACCUCGUCCCGCACUCGGACACUCCUCCUCCUCAAAAUGAAUUUCUCUCUUCUUUUCAACUGGAAUAUUUUAUUGAUCUUAUCUCUUCUGGUUUUAAGUUGGGGUUCGCCGCCUGUCUCUGACUGGGUUGAACUCUGCGGUGGUCCGGUCCGGUCUGAUCCGGUCCGGUGACCUUUAUCCACCUCCAGGUGUCAGAACAGAGCCACACCCAACCGAUUAUUAUUAUUAUUUUUUUAAUUUAAGAAAAGUUCAAGUCUGAGCUAAAAUCCACGAGUUUUGUUCCUGAAGGCUUUUAUAUAAACUGAACACACGACCAACGUCACUUCGGCACACGCGUUCUCUCCAGACUCCAUGUUUUCUCCACCGAGUCUCGUUCUCCUCGCACACUACCAGUCCCGCCGGGCGUCCGGCGAAACCCGUACCAACCAACAUAAUUUAUACAAUCCUUUCAAUCCACCCAGUUCUUCUGUUUUUGUUUUGAUUUUUUUUUUUUUUUUUUUUUUUUUUUUUGUUUGUUUGUUCGGAGUACGUUUGGUUUCGUUGUAGUUUCCGGAAAACCAGCUGUAAGUACAAAGACGACUUCCGCUUUCUUUGUAUCGUGAUGUCGCCCCGUCGUCGUCCCAGCGAGCGCCGCCGCCGGAGCGGCUCCAGUUCCACACCCGACUUUUCUGCAGCUGUAACUUUUUGAUAUUUAGAAUUUUAAAUUUCUGUAAAGUAGAUUUUUUGUAGAUUGUAAUACAGUAUGUGUUCACUGCCUUUGUGAAACCAUAUAUAAUUGUAUAAUUUCUGUGUAUACUCUGGAUGCCUUUGCUUUCAAUGCGGUAUUCAGAAACAGCAAUAAAUGUUAACAUUUUUAUGC